AUGCGUGCUGCUUCCGUUCUUCUCGGCCUCGCCGCCUCGGUGCUCGCCGCGCCGUCCGUCGCACCCCGCGACGGCAGCGACCAAUUCGCCCAAGGCCAGCCUAUUAGCAAAGACGGCAAGGGCGGUCGCAUCCUAGGCGGCACCAACAAGGCGCUCGACCUGCAGAACCCCGAUAACCUCGGCCGGCAGUCCACCGACGCCGGCGUCGUGCCCAACCUCAAAUGGAGCUUCUCCGACUCCAAGACGCGCAUCCUCAAGGGCGGCUGGGUGCGCGAGCAGGUCGUCACCGACCUCCCGUCGAGCCACGACAUUGCCGGCGCGCAGCAGCACCUGAAAAAGGGUGCCAUCCGCGAGCUUCACUGGCACAAAGUGGCCGAAUGGGGCAUCGUCUACAACGGAAGAAUCACCGUCUCCGCCGUCGAUGAGAAUGGCGUCUUCCAGGUCACCGAGAUUGGCUACGGCGACGUCUGGUACUUCCCGCCCGGCGUGGCGCACACUGUCCAGGGCCUGGACGACGAGAACGAGUUUCUGCUCAUCUUUGACGAGACCGACUUUGACAAGAUUGGAACCACAUUCAACCUCGACGACUGGGUGGCGCACACGCCCAAGGACAUCCUCGCCAAGAACUUUGGCGUGCCCGAGUCCGUCUUCAAAGACGUGCCGACGGCCAACCCGUACAUCUUCAACGCCGACAUCGCAACCAAGAACGUCACCGGCGCCGUCACGCCCGAGGCCACCGGCGACGCGUCCUUUGUGUACCGCACGCUGCAGCACGCGCCCGAGAAGAUUGGCGGCACCGGCGGCACCUUUUACAAGAUUGACUCGACCAACUUCCCCAUCUCAAAGGAGAUUGCCGCCACCUUUGUCACGCUCAAGCCGGGCGGUCUGCGUGAGCUUCACUGGCACCCGAAUGCCGAGGAGUGGCUGUACUUUCACAAGGGCUCCGCCAGAGCCACUGCUUUCAUCGGAGGCGGCGCGGCCCGCACCUUUGACUUUUCCGCCGGUGACACGGCCGUCUUCCCCACCAACGCCGGACACUACAUUGAGAACACGUCCAAGGACGAGGACCUCGUCUGGAUCGAAAUCUACAAGUCGGACCACGUUGCCGACAUUUCGCUCUCGCAGUGGCUCGCCCUCACGCCGCCCGAGAUUGCCGCGCAGACGCUCAAGGUGCCCGUGGAAUUCAUCCAGCAAAUCAAGAGGGAGAAGCAGGUUCUGAUUGAGUAA